UGUCUGUCUGUCUGUGUGUGAGUGUGUCUAACUUGUGUGUGUGUGUGUGCGUGUCUGUGUGUGUGUUUCGCGUGUGUGCGGCAGAGGAAACAGUAACCGCGCAUUUCUUAGCUCUUGCAGUUUAGUUAAGGCGCCGUUGCCAACAUGGCGGAUGAAGCUGAGGGCAAGGAGGCGGAUAAAAAAAUCGUGCACAUUUACCCGCUGAUAAAGCACACAGACAUGACAGAGGAAAUGCGAACAGAAGUUGUUGAACUAAGCGUCAGCGCCUGCGAAAAGUUUUCUUCCAAUUAUGAACUGGCAGCCAAACUGAUUAAGGAAACCAUGGAUAAGAAAUUUGGCAUAUACUGGCAUGUGGUGGUUGGUGAAGGAUUUGGAUUUGAGGUCUCCUAUGAAACGGAGAAUAUAUUGUACUUAUUUUUUGCCGGCAAUUUGGCCAUCGUGAUGUGGAAAUGCUCCUAAAUGCGGCUCAAGCGCCACAAACCAAACGACCAACGAAUAAACUUGUACCUACAACAUAGAAACCCAAACAGCAAAAAGCAGCGAAAUUUUUGUAACAACAACCAAUAGCUUUAGUUAAUGUUAUGUAUUAAGUUGAGUCAUGUAUAGCCAGCACCCAGAAGUAAAUGCCAUGUAGUCAUAGCAACUGCCAG